GGAACGCCUUGGCUAUUAUGCCAGUUUUAAUGAUUUGUUCACACCGUCAAUUAACACGUUGUUUUUUAACUACCUCCUUUUGUAUAUGUGAUUAGAGAAGUGUAAAGAAAUGCAUUGCUGGCUAAUGUAAGAAAUGGCCGACUUCUCUAUUUUGAGUUCGGAGAUCAAGGGAAAAGUUGUCCUUCCGGAAGAUAGUGGCUAUUCCCAUGAAAUCAAGAAAGUUUGGAACGCUGUCCUUCUAAGCAAAAGACCGCUUGCAUUUGUGAAAGUCAAGUGCACAGAAGAUGUUGUCAAGACCGUUAAAUUCUGUACUGGGAAUCAGUUGGAUUUGUGUGUGAGCAGUGGUGCAACAGGUGACCUUGCGAUUGAUGACGAUGCAGUUGUCAUUGAUUUCUCACAUAUGAAAGGUGUAACUGUUGACAGGAACAAUAAGGUUGCAACAGUCCUUCCUGGUUCUAGACAAAAUGAUGUUGACAGUGAGCUAUACAAGCAUGGUUUUGCUAUUCCUCUUGGCUCGUACUCGCAGCUAGGUGUGGCUGGACUCACUUUGAUUGGUGGGAUAGGUUUUCUGGCCAGCAGUUAUGGCUGCACUUCAGAUAACCUCUUAAAACUGGAAGUGGUAACAGUUGAUGGCGAGGUGCUGUCUGUCAGUGAAGAUGAGAAUGAGGAGCUUUUUUGGGGAAUGAAGGGUUUUGGAGCUAACUUCGGCAUCGUGACAUCACUAGUGUUUCAAUUGCAUGAGAUGCCGCAAUGGAUUGUGGGUGGAUGUUUGUACUAUUCCAUUUCAAACGCACACGAGGUGUUCCGUAGCGUGCGUGACUUUCACGUGACUCAAGCAGAUGACAGGCUCUCUAUUUACAUGAUACUACGCCUGCGUACUACAGGGCCUGAGAUCAUAGUCCGUGUAUUGUUCAAUGGUCCGCUAAAAGAUGGAGGAAGACUGGUGCAAGAUCUCGCUGACGCAACCCACCCCUAUAAAAAUGACGUCGGCCCAGUCCGCCACGACCAGUUUCAGGCGGGAGGGGACUGGAUGUUCUCCCCUGGGAAAUACUACUACGGUUCUGCGGGGCAUUUUGUCAAAGAACUUAGUGAUGAAGUUAUUGACAACGUCAUUGAAGCCAUGUUAAAAAAGAUCCCUGGGCCCAGCAAAGAAUUCGCAGAUACCAUCAUCUACAUGAAUACCUACGGCGGUAAAAUGGACCAAGGAAAACCAGAGCACAGUUCCUUUCCCUUUCGAAAUACAAGGUUCUGGGUAGGAGUUCUUGGUGCUGUCUCAACGAUAGAGUUAUUCAAGGACCUGCAGACUUGGGUAGACGGGGUACAAGAAGUCAAUACUGCGCAUGGCCUUCCUCCCUUUGGAGACUACGCAGAACAAGCUAACCGCAGGCUCAAGGCACUCAAAAAGAAAUACGACCCUGAAAAUGUGUUAUGCAGAAACCUUGUUCCUAUAUUACUAGAAUAACAGAUGUGUAUAAUUGCAAUGAACUGUGGUCUAUUCCACAAAAACUUCCUAUAUCAUUGGAAUGAACUGUAGUACUCCUCGCAACCUAGCAACCUCGUCACUCUAUCCAAAUGAAUAGGGGACUUGAGAUUCACGACGGCGGAAGGGCGACUACGGCGCACGUUCGAUUGCGCGCGCACGCUUAUCUUGCCGGCGUCGCGUCCUGUUCAGGACGGCAUUUCACGCUUUUUCACGUCCUCUUCAGGACGGGACGCCGGCAAAAAUUAGCGUGCGCGUGCAAUCGAACGUGCGCGAGGCGGCGUCCUCUUGCCGGCGUCGUGGAUCUAAAUCACCCUAUUUCUUCACUGAGUUCUUGUCCUAUGACAACAGAUUGAACAGUUAUGUGUUUAGCAUAAGCUUCGUCGUUACGUUAUUGGAAGAUGUAGGAACUCCUCAGAAACACUGCUCUUAUAUCACGGGAAGAACAGUGUUAUGUGUUCCUCAGAACCUCCGUUCCUUUAUCACAAAAAUGGGCAUUGUGGUCCUUAAAAACGUCAUUCCUUUAAUGAUUGAAAUGAACCUUAAUGGAAACCUUGUUCCUGUUUCCGUUCCCUGAUAGCAAAAUUUACACCCUUGAAACGUCGUGAUAUAUAUCAUGUAUAUAUUUUUAAUCAAAAUGACGCAAAUAAUUUUUCUACAUUGAUUUAAUGAUUAAAAUGCUAUUAAAAUGCUACUAAAAAGCUGAA